AUGAAUGUGCUUCCAGUGUUCUACUCAGACACGGCGACGGUAGAGAAAGUGCGUGAUUUCUGGGAGCUCUUUGAAGCCCACACGGAGGGUCUUCCCGAUCGAUCGCGGCUGUUGGUGUUUCGACAGAAACGGAAGAGUCGAGAAGCUGAGCGAUCGUGGGGCAACUCGAGCAUUCGGACGUUCUCCACGCUGAAGGUUCGGUUCCAUAACCAGUUCCUAAGCCGUACGGCUGACGAGUUGUACCGAGUGUCCUACCUGUGUGAGUCGUUGGACUACCUGAAUUCGCAGAUACGUUACCAGUUGUUCCGCCGGGGUCAGAGGAACAAGCGCAUGCUGGCGACCCUGGAUGCAAGCCCUGCCUCCGACAUUCCUGAAGCGUGCGAGUGGCUGAUAAGGGCCGGGACACGUCUGUGUUGGCCUCCGUGGAAGCGUUGGCUCAACCGAUGA